AUGGACCCCAUCACGAACCCGCGCGAUGAGAAGAAAUCUAUAUUCGCACCGAAUGCGAGUAAGGAGCCCCAACUGCCUGUCAGCGCACGCGAUACCGAGCAUGAAGGGAUGGCAACACACACCAAAUGGCAGACCAUGUGGAAGACGUUUGAAAGACAGCUUGUCGCAUACAACCUCGAGGCUCGCGGCAUAGAACGUGUUGAACCAGAGGAACGACAGGACUUGCGUUUGCUUGGAUACUCUCAAGUGGCCAUCAUGUGGUUCAGCGUCAACCUUGCGGCUAACAAUAUCACGCUGGGCAUGCUGGGUCCUGCUGUUUUUGCCCUUGGCUUCCUCGACGCUUGCCUGCUGGGCGUUUUCGGCGCGUUCGUUGGCUGUCUCGUGGUGGCAUACAUCGCGACGUUUGGCCCCAAGAGCGGCAAUCGGACUAUGAUCUUCUCGCGAUACGUCACGGGUUGGUGGCCAUCCAAGGUCGUUGUCUUGCUCAACAUUAUCGUCCUGCUCGGUUACGGCAUGAUCGAUUGCGUAGUCGCUGGACAGAUCCUCUCUGCCGUCUCUGGAAACUCCAUGUCGGUCGUAGUCGGCAUCAUCGUCGUAGCCAUCAUCGCGUGGGCCAUCACUACCUUUGGCUACCAGAUCUUCCACUACUAUGAGCGAUGGGCUUGGCUACCGCAACUGAUAGUGCUCUGCAUUCUAGCUGGCGUCGCCGGUCCACAAUUCAACAUCUCCUCCGAAUCUCAUGGCGAUGAAGAUCCAGACACCAUCAUCGGCAACCGCAUUAGCUUUUUCGGCUUGACGCUUGCCGCGGCUAUUACGUACGGCGGUGGAGCAGCAGACUACUUUGUCUACUAUCCGGAACACGCAUCAUCGUUCAAGAUUUUCGGCAUGACCAUGCUGGGUCUGAUGUGCAGUUUCACGUUCGCCUUCGUCGUGGGUAUCGGCCUCGCAUGCGGUAUGUUGACCAACACGGACUGGGAAACAGCCUACGGAAUAUCGCAAGGUGCUCUAAUAGUCGAAGCAUACAAACCGCUGGGCGCUUUCGGCUCCUUCUGCGGUGUGGUAGUUGCCUUGGGUCUCGUCGCCAACCUCAUCGUCCCUACAUACUCUUCUGGGAUUGACGCCCAGAUACUUGGACGUUAUGCAGGCGCUGUACCGAGAGUGAUCUGGAAUACCAUCGGCGUAGUCAUCUACACAGUUUGUGCACUGGCAGGGCGUGCCCACCUUGCUGAGAUCUUCACCAACUUCCUAGCUCUCAUGGGCUACUGGGUCUCGGUCUGGAUUGCCAUUAUCCUGGAAGAGCAUUUGAUCUUCCGUCGCACGACUGGAUUCAACUGGCAAGUCUGGAACCAGAAGAAGAAGCUACCACUGGGCAUCGCCGCUUUUACCUCAUUUGCGAUCGGUUGGAUUGGCGCAAUCAUGUGUAUGGCCCAGGUUUGGUACAUCGGACCAAUCGCAAAGCAGGUUGGAACUUACGGAGCGGAUAUGGGUAAUUUUGUGGGUUUCGCAUGGGCUGCAGUCGUCUAUCCGCCUUUGAGAGUGUGGGAACUGAAGCGGUUUGGCCGAUGA